AAUAUGCAUCUAAGGCGAGUGAGGACCAUGCCCCGACACAGCCAGUCCCUGACCAUGGCACCCUACUCUUCUGUGAGCCUGGUGGAGCAGCUGGAAGACAGGAUCCUCUGUCAUGAAAAAACCACGGCAGCACUGGUGGAGCAUGCCUUCCGCAUCAAAGAUGACAUUGUCAGCAGUUUGCAGAAGAUGCAGAAUAAAGGGGGAGGCGACCGCUUAGCCAGGCUGUUCUUGGAAGAGCAUAUCAGGAAUAUAACGGCCAUUGUGAAGCAACUGAAUCGGGAUAUUGAGGUUCUCCAGGAGCAGAUCCGUGCCAGGGACAACAUCAGCUACGGAACUAAUUCUGCCUUAAAGACACUGGAGAUGCGCCAGCUUUCUGGCUUGGGGGAUCUCCGGGGAAGAGUUGCAAGGUGCGAUGCCAGCAUAGCCAGACUGUCUGCAGAACAUAAGACGACCUACGAGGGCCUCCAGCACCUGAACAAGGAGCAGCAAGCAGCCAAGCUGAUCCUGGAGACAAAAAUCAAGGAUGCAGAAGGACAGAUUUCUCAGCUUUUGAGCAGAGUGGACCUGUCCAUUUCAGAGCAGAGCACCAAGCUGAAGAUGUCCCACAGAGACAGCAAUCACCAGCUUCAGCUCCUGGACACCAAAUUUAAAGGUACAGUCGAGGAGCUCAGCAACCAGAUUUUAUCUGCGCGGAGUUGGCUGCAACAAGAACAAGAACGGAUAGAGAAAGAACUUCUACAGAAAAUCGAUCAUCUUUCCUUGAUUGUUAAGGAAAACAGUGGAGCCAGUGAAAGAGACAUGGAGAAGAAGCUCAGCCAGAUGUCGGCCAGACUUGACAAAAUUGAGGAGAGCCAGAAGAAGAAUGUGGAAGGACAGAGAGGGAAGCCGGAAGAGGAGAAGGUGCAUGGGCGGAUCAGCAAACUGGAGUUACAGAUGAGCGAGGACAUGAAGGAGAUGAAAGCGGAGGUUAAUGCUGGGUUUACAGCCAUCUACGAAAGCAUAGGAUCCCUCAGGCAAGUGCUGGAAGCCAAGAUGAAGCUGGACAGGGACCAGCUACAGAAGCAGAUCCAGCAGAUGCAGAAGCCAGAAACUUCCAUGUGAAGAGGGUUGGGACAAGGACCUGACAGGAGAUUGCCUGUGGGGCUAAGAGCCAGACACCUCUGCAGCCAGACCAUGGCUGCAUUCUGGAUCCCAUCAAGGGUGUGCAUGUGCCAAGAAACGUGUUCUCAUGGGUCUAACCGUUUACCUUC